CUAGCGGGAGGGGGGAGUAGAAGCGGGACUCGCUCAGUAGGCGGGACAAAGUGUUUUGUGUGUGUGUGUGUUCUCUCUCUCUCUUUUGGGGGAGUUGCAAGUAGGAAGCUUUUUGCACUCCACCACCUCUAGCCGCUGGGAAGACGUCAUCGCUUCCGCCCUACUUCCUCCUCCUGUUGGCGGCGCUGAGAAUCCAAUAUGGAGUAAAUCGGUGGAGUGGCGAGAUGGGGCUCGGACGGGGCGCCCUGCACCGCCUCCAAGGCGCACCUCCCCCGGCCGCAGAGCACUACCCGGAACCCUGAUUGGCCCGGUCCCCGCGGGCGACCCCGGCCCGGCCCCAGUGCAGCCGGCUGCCCGCCCGCCGCCUCGAGCGUUCUUGUUUUUCUGCUGCUCUCCCCCUCCGGGUCCCCUUCCCAAAUCUCCCCCUAGCACUGGCUCGGAGCCUGGGGGGGCAGCGCCCGCCGGGCCAGCGGCGUCCGCUGCUCCGUGCGCCCCUUCCCAGACCUCGCUCUGCGCUCGGGAGCCCCGUUUCCCCGCCUGCCUCGGCGCCCCCUUCAUCUCUAGCCUCCCCCCCACCUCCACCACCAAAUCAGGAGAUGUCGGAGAUGUGAGGAAGGGGGGCGAGCGCACAGGAAGAUGAAGGGAGCCAGGCUGCCCGGCGCGGGACAGGCGUCUAGGUGAACAAGAAGAUGACCGAAGAAACACACCCGGACGAUGACAGCUAUAUUGUGCGUGUCAAGGCCGUGGUUAUGACCAGAGAUGACUCCAGCGGGGGAUGGUUCCCACAGGAAGGAGGCGGGAUCAGUCGUGUUGGGGUGUGUAAGGUCAUGCACCCUGAAGGCAGUGGACGAAGCGGCUUUCUCAUCCAUGGUGAACGACAGAAAGACAAACUGGUGGUAUUGGAAUGCUAUGUCAGAAAGGACUUGGUCUACACCAAAGCCAAUCCGACGUUUCAUCAUUGGAAGGUUGAUAAUAGGAAGUUCGGUCUUACUUUCCAAAGUCCUGCGGAUGCACGAGCCUUUGACAGGGGAGUGAGAAAAGCCAUUGAGGACCUUAUAGAAGGCUCAACAACUUCAUCUUCCACUAUCCACAACGAAGCCGAGCUCGGAGACGAUGACGUUUUUACAACAGCCACAGACAGUUCUUCUAACUCCUCUCAGAAGAGGGAACAGCAUACAAGGACAAUCUCCUCCCCCAUGUCUUGUGAGCACCGGAGGAUUUAUACCCUUGACCAAUACCCCAUGGACCAUUACCCCCUGGACCAGCGUGUGCCAAGGUCCUACCCUCAAGUCAGCUUCCCGGAGGAGGAGGAGGAGGAAGAAAUCGUUCGCAUCAAUCCCCGGGAGAAGAUCUGGAUGACCGGGUACGAGGACUACCGUCAUGCGCCAGUGCGCGGCAAGUACCUGGACGCGGGAGAGGACAGCGACUCCUCCUACGUACGCUUCGCCAAGGGCGACAUUCCCAAACACGACUACAACUACCCCUACGUGGACUCCUCGGAUUUCGGCUUCGGCGAGGAUCCCAAAGGCCGGGGCAGCUCUGCCGUGAUCAAAUCGCAGCCGCUCCGGGGGAAGUCCCGGCGGCGCAAGGAGGAGGGCGAGCGCUCGCGGUGCGUGUACUGCAGGGACAUAUUCAACCACGAAGAGAACCACAGGGGUCACUGCCAGGAUGCACCCGAUGCCGUGAGAACUUGCAUCCGCCGCGUGAGCUGCAUGUGGUGCGCCGACAGCAUGCUAUACCACUGCAUGUCGGACCCUGAGGGAGACUACACAGACCCUUGCUCGUGCGACACCAGUGACGAGAAGUUUUGCCUCCGGUGGAUGGCACUUAUUGCCUUGUCUUUCCUGGCCCCUUGUAUGUGCUGUUACCUGCCCCUCCGGGCCUGCCACCAUUGUGGGGUGCUGUGCAGGUGCUGCGGAGGGAAGCACAAAGCCGCUGCGUGACUCAGUGACUCAGUCUCCCCCCUCCCCCCCCCCUUCCUUCUCCAUCCACAGCCACAGGGAAUUUGUUUCUUGCCCACUCCCAGUCUCCUUCUUCCCUCCCUGCCGACUCCAAAGGGCAAGGCCAAGAGGUGGCUGGGCUCCCUGGUCCCUUGCAACAUCAUUCCAAACCUGGGGAGGCUGCCACACUCUCGCAGUGUUCCGAGGAAAGAGCCUUCCGCUUAGACUCGUGUAUUUUACCAGCCUGUAAUCAUGCUGUCUUACCCAUGUGUUGAUUUUCUGGCCCCGCUCCCCACCUUUUCUGUUCUAAGGAAUCUGCAGUGAAAAUUGCUGGAUUCAGGGGGUUCGUAGUUGGUUUUUUAUUUUCCCCCACAGAGACCAUUUUUUUCCCUGUUGCUAACCAACCCGGGUUUCUCCGAGAUGUGACCAAAUGCUGAAACCCUCCCGGAAGUGCUGUGACCUGCAGCAUGUUAUUUGAGGGGCCAAGCCGGACAGCAAGCUUGUACCACAAAACAAUAGUGCUUUAACUCCCAAAGCCAAAUCUCUCGCAUCAGCUGCAGUUUCUGAUUUUAGCCCAUCAUCAUCUCCCUCUCCCGAAACAGCCACCUUUUAAAAAUGACUUGAGAAUUGAGCCUUAACUUCAGAUUAACUUGUGAGAAUCAGGAAAAAUUCCUCAAAUUGCUUUGCGUCCUCUUGGACCAGGACUAGCUAGCAAGGGGAUUUCAGUUUCUCUGAGCCUGCCCCGUUUACCCCUAAAAUAGGACCUUUUAGAGCUGUGUUGCCACUUCUAAAAUCCUAGCAAUACUAGAAUAACACAUCAGUGAGAUAAAUUUUACUCAUUAUUUUGCAAACCAAAUAGAUUUAUUCAAACACAAACCAGUGUUCUAUGGACAAGUUCCAGUUGAAAAACACUAAAGUUGUGGUGAAUAAAACUGUAGCUGUUCCAUACCCCCUGCAACUAUUUUCUAUUAUUCAGGGGACAUUUUGUUUAGGCGUAUGAUUUUGUUUUAAUUUGGGGCUCGAUUUUUCAUUUAUUCUUGGGGGAAAAAAACAAGGCCAUAUGUAAAAAUCCUUCCGAAGCCGAAGUGUCUUUUCUCCUGUCACUCCACACCCACACUUGCCACUUGGGGUGCAUAGGGGUGCAUAGAUAAGGGUAGGUCGCCACGCCAUGUAAAAGGCUUCUGAUUCGCUGGAGGGGGGGAGAAAAAAAAUAUAUAUAUAUAUAUGUUGGAACGAAGAGCCAAAUCUUACUGAAGAGAAAAGUGAAAAUGUUUGCCUAUACCUAGCAUAGUACAAUCAAAACUUCAUGGGGACCAUGAGGGACAGGCUUGUCGCCACUGGCCGACUGUUCUUCCCACCGAGAUCUUUCCAUGGUAAUUACCAGUGGAAGGCAGGCUCAGUCCCCUGUCUUCCUUCCCCCUCCCUUUAUUGCACACAGGACAUCAGUCUUCAAGGAAAAGGACUUUUUCCAGUCUGUCAAUCACACUGGGAAAAUGCUAGCCAUGAUUACCUUCAUGGCAAUGUUUUCUGCUCGCCUGACAGCCUGUCUCAUUUCUUCAGACAGAUCAUCAGUGUAGAUAACCCGUGUGGUUUAUGCGUUCGUUGGUAGAUGUUUUCCUUUGUUGAGAUGACUGGUUGGGGCUGUCUGUUGUAGAAAAGGUGCAGAGAGUCUCCACGCCGGGAGACCUCAGACUGCCUCCAGCCAGCCUCCAGUGCUGUGGAGAGACUGUCUGUCCCCAGCCUGAGGGACUUUCCUCAGGCCCUUUCACCUCUCUACAAAGCACAACACUAAGCCACGCUUCCUCCGAUCUCAGUUCAACUGCCCCUAUUUAUUUCAGUAAGAACACACAUCCCAAUCACUCCGCGUUGGUUGCCGUUGUCAUUGUUUGUUCUCUCUCCCCCCUUGCCAGCUCCCACCCCUCUUCAGAGUUAUGCUAGUAAAUCUUACUCCGCACAUCAUUCUUGGUUUGUGAAGGCAGCGGUUCAGGGCACAAAGACAGCCAUGGGGACACUUGUGUAAAUACGUCUAAUUGCCACACUGCAGCUGAGCGGUGUGUAGAGUUUUCCCAGUCAGCUUUGCCAUACUGACAUCAAUCAUUUGAGAGAAACUAUUCAGAUUUUAUUUUUAUACCCGUGAUAACAAAACCUAACCAAAAGGUUUCCUGUGCAGACGCUUCCCCGACUCUCACCCCAAGCUGUUUGCUCACAUUAACAAAAUUAAAGUGCCUGAAGCAUAAUUCAUUCACCUGUAUACUAAAACCCCUGUUGUAUUGAUUUUUUUAUAAUAAGCCUUUUUACCUCUGUAAAAAUAUAUAUAUACAAGUGUAUGAUGUACAUUUUAGUUCUUAACUUUUUUUAUGGUUUCUAAUAUGUAUGACCAAUGUAGCCAUUGCUUUAAAAUGUACCAUGUAAAUAUAAACACAUCCUAUCAGACCGUUGGCUUUGCGGUAUUUGUCUGGCUGGAGGAUGCUUUAAAAUGUACCAUGUAAAUAUAAACACAUCCUAUCAGA